AUGUCAGAAAUUACAAGUCGAGAAACCGCACAGACGCCGAAUAUGAACCUCGAACCUUACAGUCAAAUUGAAGAAUUAAAGCGACGCCACGAAGGUUUGUUUCAACUCGGUUUUGGAUGCUACCGGAUAGACAGAUUGGAGCUGAACCUCAAACCAGACGCCAGACCAGUUUUUAGAUCUAAACGUCCAGUUCUGUACACAACCCAAUCACUAUUGAAGUCUGAGUUAAAUAGUCUGCAGUCGGAAGGCAACAUCGAGCGCGUACAUAAAUCAGAAUAG